AUGUCUUUGAAGGCCGAAAUCGAAACUUGGGCAACCGCUCUAGAACUAUACGAUCAACAGAACUUCGACGAUGCCCUAGCGGCAUUCGAGGAUAUAGCAGAUUCAUCCAAGAUCCUCUUCAACAUUGGUCUGAUUUAUGCCACCCUAGGAGAACACGAGGUCGCCAUAGAGAACUUCAGAACCGCAACCAGUCUCGACCAAUAUCUAGCAGUAGCCUACUUCCAAUGUGGGGUCAGUAACUUCCUACUAGGCAUGUACGAGGAAGCCGUCAAAGACUUCGAAGAUGCUCUCAUGUAUCUGAGGGGCAAUCUCACAAUAGACUAUUCUCAACUCGGAUUGAAAUUCAGACUCUAUUCAUGCGAGAUUUUAUUUAAUAAAGGACUGAGUCUGAUCUAUCAGGGAGCGGAAGCGGAAGGAAUGAUAGAUUUACAAGAAGCAAGAAAGGAGAAGCAGACGGCGGAGCAUUCGGUAAUAGAUGAUGCGAUAGCAGAUCGAGCCGAAGGCUACACAGUAUUUUCGAUUCCAGUGGGCGUAUUGUACCGCCCAGCGAUGAGCAAAGUGAAGAAUCUAGCGUCGAAGAACUAUCUAGGACAAGCGAAAUUAGUAGCGGCGACGGAUGCAUCGGAGACCUUUGUGGGCUUCACAGGUUCAGCAAGGGCGGCCGCGAAGACGACAACGACGGGGCCAGUGAUGUCUACGCCGAUAGAACAGGCUCCAAUGCCGCCUGCCCCUGGGAUGCUUCGAAGGGGCACCGUGGCCACGGCGGGCUCAGGGAUGGGAGAUGGUCCUUUGGGUCCCGCUGGGAUGCUCAGACGAGGCACAUCAGCAGCUAUCACGCCGAUGAUGCCCUCCUCCUCUUCAGGAGACAGUCCGACGGUUGGAAUCAUCCGUCGAGGUACCACCGCGGCCCGGAUCGAGAGCACUGCCGCUCGUCCGGCCCCAGUCCCGACCAACAACGACCUUCGUCGUCGCCCCAGUGAAGCCGGCUCGACCGCACGUCUUAAUCGCAGUGCCACAGCCAGCUCGGGCUCCAAGCCGACCAGCCGAUUAGCGCCGAUGGCCGAGCAACGCGAGCCCGAGAAGUCGCCCCGAUAUGGAUCCCGAACUCGCGGUUCUCUCGGCACGGAAUCGUACGAAGAUUACGAAGACAACGAGCCAGCCGUUCCGUCGCGUUCGGGAGGACCUUCCGAAGAUCGGACGACUAAUUGGGCCCGCAAUCUCAGCACCUCGGGAUCCAGUAGCGGCCGCAAUCGUGAUCCCCCCGCCGUCAGAAGACCCCCGCCCGCUAAUAGUCCCUACGAUGAUCCCCCUAGUGAUGCGGAAUAUCCCGAAACCGUCAUGAGCGGUGGGUACGCUGAAAUGACUAAGAUCAGAGUCAAAUUACAUUAUGGAUCUGAUACACGAGGAAUGCUGUCUCACGCGAUGAUUCGAGGAUUUCUUGGGAAAAGUGACCAAGAAGUUUUCCUUAAGAGCCGGUCGAGUGGCGAUGAAAUACAAGGACGAGAGGGCUCGAUGGUCUCGAUCAUGGACGACGACGAUUGGGAGUCCGCCGUCGAGACCGCUAGGUCCUAUGCUAAAGGUCGCGCCGAAGGAAAGGUCGAGAUUUGGGUCGAAGAUGCUGGCUUUCUUUGA